AUGGCGGGUGUUGUCACGGCUCGUCCACACUAUUCCACCCAACCGGGCGAUAAGCUCAUUCCGGCGACCAUGCAGUUGGAUGAGAAUGGAAACCCAGUGUUUUCGUAUCCAGAACCAACACCACAGAAGUUGUCGCCCAAGAUUGUGGCUCCUCGGUCGAUGAUCAGCCGGUUGAAUCGUCGACGAAGUUCCAAGUCCAAAAAGAAGCAGGAACAAGCGCAGUUGAGCCCAGAGCUCCAGGGUUGCCCGGGAGUGUCGCUUCACAGCUCGUUGCAGUUGGAGGAUCAUUAUUACGACGACCAUGACAGCCAAAGCACGGCCAACAAUAGCGUUGCGAGCAGUGUGGCUGGAAGUGUCGUGAGUCUUGCCGGUCGCGUCAAGAGACGCCUUCAUCGUCACCGAAGAAAGAAAUUGGAAAAACAGCUUGAAAUACACAAUGGCGUCUUGUCGCCAUUGAAGGAAAUCAGCCAUGACAACAUCAGCGUCGGAAACCACAGGGACGAGGAUGACUCUGUCAAGAAAAGAAAGAAGAAAAAGUCCUUCAAACCGUUCCGUCGAAUGAGUCGACGAAGGUCCAGUACUUCCGCCACCACUUUUGCUUCAAGCAUGAUUGCCGAAGAAGAGAACGACGAAGAUAAUGUCUUGUCGCCACCCAAGGUUCUCUUUGCACCUGAAGAAGAAGUCAAGGAGACGAAGGCGGUUGGGACCCCGCCAGUGGCAGUCCAAGUCCUCAAAUCGGUGCCAGAAUCCCCUCCUGUGGCGAACUUGCGCGAUGCCAUGGUUCUCUUUGCACCUGAAGAAGCAGUCAAAGAAAAGAAGGUGGCUGGGACCCCUCCUGUGGCAGUCCAAGUACUCAAAGCGGUGCCUGAUUCCCCUCCUCCUGUGGCGAGCUUACGCGAUGCUAUGGAAGGAAUCUCGCCGGUGCAGCGACGCCAAAAAUCAAUCCAGGACGAUUCUUUCACCAUGAACGAACAUCCGGUGCAGCCAGCGUCCGUCACUCCCAUGCAAGGAGGAAUCUUGUCGGCACCUGCCCUGCAGGAGCCAAGUACUCGAAAGCAGGUGACAAUUGUCAAUCCUGGAGACCCAAUCGUGAUUGCUCCGCCAGAAAUGAUGAUGGAACCCGCCGAGGAUGACGAGGUAGAAGAAGAAAAGAUUGAGGAACCAAUGAGCCGUCGGUUUUCCACCAGGUCGGUGAAAAUUGUGGAUCCUGGUGAACCGAUUAUGCUGGAACCAGAAAUGAUGAUGAUGGAGUCCAUUGCCGAGGAUGAAAAACCUGUGGGCGUUGUACCUUCGCAGCUGAACAUGACCCUCUCUUCGACAUAUUCUCAGCAGACCAACUUCAAAGUCUACUUGUUGCUGUUGCAUCCCACGUCCAAGAUCUUUGAGCUCAUUCAGUUGUACGUGGAUCCAACGGCGACCACCAUUCGGGAUAUUCUUCUCAUGAUUCCUUUGAAUGCCACGGAACCGUCACUGGGAGCCCAGAUCUACACUGGCUUGUGUCGACCAAUACCCAAGGAAGACGAACAGCAAGAUAUUUCGGACUUGGAUCUGCUCAUUGAAAAUCCCGAUGGCAUUCGAGACUCGGCUCGCAUUGCACAUGGAGAGGUGUUGACGGCGGUGCCUGUAGGAUACACGUGCACAAAAAUCGCGAAUCUAAGCCAACAAAUUCUUGUCAAUCCUCGGAUCUGUCGACUGCUCGACGAACCCGUCGUGAAGAAACCAAAAAAGAGACUAUCGAACCGACGUCGUCGUCGGUCCAGCCGCAAACAAGCCGGGGCAAUGGAAAGGCACGACGAAGGGAAGCUUUCGGCAGUGAUGGAAGAAAUGGACGAUCCCCAUGUCAUGUCCAUGCAUCGAGCCAUGGCAAAUGCCAUGUCAGCGGCUGCUGCAGCCAAUGCUGCUGUCCACGGUCUGGGCGGAUAUGCGAACGGCUCUUUCUUUGCAGCAAGCGUCUCUGGUACUGAGGAAUCUGGAUCACAGGAUUCCCUGACUUUGGCAACCACGACUCUCACGGAUACGAGCGAGACUAGCUAUGCGAACCGCAGCAUUGAUCAAAGCUUCACUUCAUGGUCUAGAAGCCUGGAUGUUUCUAUUGCAGCUGAAGCAGGCAAUACGUCUGUUCUCAAUACGAGUCUCAAUACGUCGAUUCACAGCACGGUAAGACGACGCAAGAAGAAGAUGAAUCAAGUGCGACGGGUCAUGGUAGGUGCGGUGACGACCAUGUGCUUUGUUUACUGGCGAGACCCCCAGGGAUAUGCCAGCCGGGAAGGACGAAUCGAAAUGUUGUUACGGCAGCCACUCGAAAUAGCAGGAAUGUUGCAGGUGGUGGCUUUCGUUUUGGUUUUGAUCAAGUUGCAGUUUCUCUGCAGUGCCCCUUCAAUUCAAAGCGCUUGUCUCAACAAGAAGAGCAAGUGUCCUUUUCUCAAGCUCAGGGCCUCCAUUCAGUUGGCCGCUGAUGCUUGCUCUCCCAAGAAGCGUCCUCGUGGCUCUUCGCGUCGGAAGAUCUCGUAG